AUGAAUCAUUCAGAUGGUGCUCAAUCUCCUCCAUUAUUUGGUAUGUAUCCUUUACCCUAUUGGCCAACAAGUUCGUAAUUAUUAUUGAUGAUGAACUUUCAAAAUCCUUUGAUGAGUCCCAUACAUAAUCUAGGUUCUCCUAUUCUAACUUCCAACAUUAAUUUUCCUUAGCCAACUAUCAAUUUUGAUAUCAAAUGUGAUUAAUGUAAUAACUAAUCAAAAUAUAUCUCUAGCUUAAAUUAUAAAAGAUGCAUCUCAACUCAAAUAGCCUUAACAAUACUUCAGUCAAAUAUAAACUAUUCAGUAAUAAAUUGAAGAAAUGAAUUAUGAUAAUAUAACACUAGAAAAUCUAGAGCAAAUGAUUCAUUUACUAUUUGCAGAUUCUUCUAAAAUAAAAAAGAUUAUGUAAAAACUGAAAGAAAAAAAAUGUGUUAAAGUAAUCAAGAUUUUAGACACGUUGACCAAAAAAAUUAGAUCAUAAUAAAAGAGUAGAGAAGAAUUAAUCAAAUUUUGUUUAAGAAAAGCUUUUAGAGAGAUCUUUCAUUAAAUCUAAGAAAAAAAUACAAAAUCAAGUAAUUAUAUCUUUAAAUUUUAGAACUGAAUCUCAAAGCUGCUUCUAAACUCUUUUAAUAAUCUUAUUAAGCAGAAAAAUCAAAAUAAAUAUCCUUACCUUUUAGAAAAAAUAGUAAAAUUAAGACAAUGAACAAUCAAUUUUUGCAUGAAUUAUUUUAAUCCAAAUAAUUUAUAGAUUAGUACAAGACCUUUUUGGGUAUUAUACAAAUCUCUAUUUUCAGAUAAUCUUGAUACAAUUAUAGAAAAUGAUAGAAAUAAAAAAAUUAAAGCCUUAGCAGAAAAAUCAUGGGAAUUUAUAUCAUCAAAUAAAAAAGUAUCAAGUUGCAUUACAUAACUUAUAGUCAUAUACUGUUAAAAGAUUACCAUGGUCUAUUAAGAAUAUAGAAAAACUCAAGGAGACCGCAAAUGACUUAAUACAUUACUGCGAUGAAUAAUAAUAAUAAAAAUUGUGA